UUAUCGUAUCUAUCGAAUUAGAUUCUUUACGCAGCUGAGUUUAACUCGAUAACGGGUUGUUACGAAGCGAUAACUUCGUCGUCUUCCUUUUUAACUCCAAAUUCCUCCUCCCAACGCCACCUCCAAAGCGCAAAUCUUGAAGCCCGUGGAGCAGUAGGAGCGCUCCUCCGCUGUUCUCCGAUCAGUUCUUCCCCCACAUCGAUAUGGAGAACGCCAAUAAGUGCGACGUUUGGGAAUUGCUGUACUCCGACUCCUCCUUCACGAGUGACCACGAGUCCAUAGUUGAUCUUGGAACCGUGGAUGACGUAAUGUCGCACUACUUCGGUGUAAACUUGGAGGAGGAGGAGGAGGAGGAGAGCGAAGAGGGCGGAAUCGACUCCGACAACCCUAGCUGGAUAGACACCGACUCGGAUGCGGUCGAACAGAGGGAGGAGGAAACGGCGAUCUUCGUCUCCGAGGACGAGACAAAGAUGAUCGAGCCGAGCAAUGCGGGGAACAAGUUCGAGGGUGCAGAUGAGUCCCAGGGAUCGACUGCAUCGUUCCCUGAAGACUCGAACUCUGAGGGGAUCGAUGGCAAUCAUGAGGAAAAGAAAAGGGUAGAGGACGAGCGCGUACCGAGCGAAGAGGAGACGACGGGUGGGGUAGUAGCCUCGUGGGAGUACUCUUUCCAGCUCUUGAAGCUUUGGGUUGCCAAGGCGAAGUCGGUGUGGGCGAUCUCGAUGGCCACCGCCAACGUGGUGGUCGUCGUGCUGAGAAGUUGCUUCUACCGGAUGAGGCAAAGGGUUUCGCUUGCGCUAGCCGUGGAUGACAAGAGGGUGAACCAGUUCAUAAUUCUCAAAGGAGCAUAUUUGAUUGGAAAACAUAUGGAGUAGACAUCUGCCACUUUUUGGUAUGUGUCCUUAGCAAACACUGGCCUCAGAAAAAGGAGAAUGGAAGGUAAUUAAGGUGUUUGACCUUCAUGUGCUUUCCCCAGUUUGAUGCUGACUUAUAGAUAAACUUCAUUAACCCAACUCAGGUAAACACUCUUUGGGCUUGGUGAUUGCUAGGUUGGACAAUGUGCUGUGUGGAGAUUAGCUAUCUUUUAGUUUCUUGAUCAGCAAGAAGAACUCUUAUUUAGCUGCUAAGAAUUUGACUUGGACAUUUUAUUGAAUAAGUAAUGAUGCUUUAUUAUCUU